AUGCAGGCAGAGACGCUGGACCCGCGACGCGAGGCGGCGGCCAAGUUUGAGGUGUUUGACGGCGGCGGGAACAAGGUCACGUUCGGCUCGCUCUUUGCGGAGCAGAAGACGGUCGUGGUGUUCAUCCGUGCGUAUGCGGCCUCUCUCGUUGUUGAGCUUAAUGGUGGGCAGGCCAUUUCUUCUGCGGGUCCUGCAAGGUCCCCCGGGGCGGCGCUUGCUGCUGCGGGCACCCGGAUUGUGCUGAUCGGGUGCGGCGACUGGGCGGCCAUCCAGGCAUACCACGAAAUGACAGGUUGGGCGGGCGCGAUCUCACGCGGACCCGACGCGCUGUACACGCAUCUCGGGCUCGUGGACAACCUCAAGGUCACGCCCAAAGACAAGGCGCGGCCGGGCUACCUGAAGCUGUCGCGUCUGCACAACACGCUCAACAGCAUCAAGACGGGCUACCUCGCGUACCCGGCGCUCGCGUUCAAGGCGGGGAAGGUGUCCCAGAAUGGCGGCGACUUCGUCCUCGGCCCGGGCGUCAGCUGUGCGUUUGUGCACCGCAUGCAGAACACGGAGGACCAUGUGGAAGUCGUGGAUCUAAUGAAGGCGGCCGGCGUUGAGUAUGCGCCUUGA